CUACGAUAAAACCACACACACGUUAACAUAUCACUCAAAUCCUCGGAUCUUCUGUAUUUCACAAUAUAAGACCAGCACACUCCCACUCUCUACACUCUACCUAUUCAUUCUUCACCUUUAGCUUCUGUACUUUCCGGCUAUUAUUUUUAGGGUUACGGUGAAGUAUGGGGGCGGCGUUGUUACCAGAUCUAGGGACGGAGAUUGUCAUUCCGGUAUGCGCCGUCAUUGGAAUAGUGUUCUCGUUAGUUCAAUGGUACAUUGUCUCGAAAGUGAAGCUGACGCCGGAAUCAUCUUCUCCGAGCAACAACGGUAAGAAUGGGUACGGAGAUUACUUGAUUGAAGAAGAGGAAGGUAUUAAUGAUCAAAACGUCGUCGCUAAGUGCGCCGAGAUACAGAACGCUAUCUCUGAAGGGGCAACAUCCUUCCUGUUCACUGAAUAUCAGUAUGUGGGUAUCUUCAUGAUUGCUUUUGCAAUUCUGAUCUUCCUUUUCCUCGGCUCUGUUGAGGGAUUCAGCACUAAGAGCCAACCAUGCACCUACAACAAGGGGAAACUUUGCAAGCCAGCCCUUGCAACUGCCAUCUUUAGCACUGUAUCAUUCUUGCUAGGUGCUGUCACUUCUGUUAUUUCUGGUUUCCUUGGGAUGAAAAUAGCAACUUAUGCAAAUGCAAGGACAACCCUGGAAGCAAGAAAAGGUGUUGGAAAGGCUUUCAUAGUAGCAUUCAGAUCUGGUGCUGUGAUGGGUUUUCUCCUUGCAGCCAAUGGUCUCUUGGUACUUUACAUUGCGAUUAAUCUCUUCAAGCUAUACUAUGGUGAUGAUUGGGAGGGCCUUUUUGAGGCAAUUACUGGAUAUGGUCUAGGUGGCUCCUCCAUGGCUCUUUUUGGUAGAGUUGGUGGUGGUAUUUACACCAAGGCUGCUGAUGUUGGUGCUGAUCUUGUUGGGAAGGUUGAGAGGAACAUUCCAGAAGAUGAUCCCAGAAAUCCUGCUGUGAUUGCUGACAAUGUCGGCGAUAAUGUUGGGGACAUUGCUGGAAUGGGGUCUGAUCUUUUUGGCUCAUAUGCUGAAGCAUCAUGUGCUGCUUUAGUUGUGGCUUCCAUCUCGUCUUUUGGAAUUAAUCAUGAAUUCACUGCAAUGUUGUAUCCCCUGCUCAUAAGUUCUAUGGGUAUCCUCAUUUGUUUGAUCACUACCCUUUUUGCAACUGACUUCUUUGAAAUUAAGGCUGUCAAGGAAAUUGAACCAGCACUGAAGAACCAGCUUAUUAUCUCAACUGCUCUUAUGACUGUUGGAAUUGCAAUUGUUACAUGGACUUGCCUUCCAUCUUCAUUUACCAUCUUUAAUUUUGGAGCUCAGAAGGUUGUGAAGAACUGGCAACUAUUUUUAUGUGUGGCUGUUGGUCUUUGGGCUGGACUUAUCAUUGGGUUUGUCACUGAGUACUACACCAGCAAUGCUUACAGCCCUGUCCAAGAUGUAGCUGACUCCUGCAGGACUGGAGCUGCCACCAAUGUUAUUUUCGGCCUCGCGCUUGGAUACAAAUCUGUCAUCAUUCCAAUUUUUGCCAUUGCAAUAGCUAUCUUUGUCAGUUUUAGUUUCGCUGCCAUGUAUGGUAUUGCAGUUGCUGCACUUGGGAUGUUGAGCACCAUUGCAACUGGAUUGGCCAUUGAUGCAUAUGGACCUAUCAGUGACAAUGCUGGAGGCAUAGCUGAGAUGGCUGGUAUGAGCCAUCGGAUCCGUGAAAGGACAGAUGCCCUUGAUGCCGCUGGAAACACCACUGCUGCUAUUGGAAAGGGUUUUGCCAUUGGAUCUGCAGCACUCGUGUCCUUGGCACUGUUUGGUGCUUUUGUGAGUCGGGCUGCAAUUACUACAGUUGAUGUCUUGACUCCUCAGGUUUUCAUUGGUUUGAUUGUUGGUGCCAUGCUUCCCUACUGGUUCUCUGCCAUGACCAUGAAGAGUGUGGGUAGUGCAGCUUUGAAGAUGGUUGAAGAAGUUCGCAGACAAUUUAACACUAUUCCUGGUCUCAUGGAGGGCACUGCCAAGCCUGAUUAUGCGACUUGUGUUAAGAUUUCAACUGAUGCAUCUAUCAAGGAAAUGAUCCCCCCAGGUGCUCUAGUCAUGCUUACACCCCUCAUAGUUGGGAUUUUCUUCGGAGUGGAGACUCUCUCAGGUGUUCUUGCUGGUGCUUUGGUUUCGGGUGUUCAGAUAGCAAUAUCUGCAUCGAACACUGGUGGUGCAUGGGAUAAUGCCAAGAAGUAUAUUGAGGCUGGUGCUUCGGAGCAUGCUAGGAGCCUUGGUCCAAAGGGUUCGGACCCACACAAGGCUGCUGUUAUUGGUGACACCAUUGGCGACCCUCUGAAGGACACUUCAGGCCCAUCGCUCAACAUUCUGAUCAAGCUGAUGGCAGUUGAAUCUCUUGUGUUUGCUCCAUUCUUUGCCACUCAUGGUGGUCUGCUUUUCAAGAUUUUUUAAGGAGCCUCUGGUUUUUCUUUCCACGACACCCUUUUACUCAAAUUUCCCCAAGCAUGGGGUUUCCAAGUUAGUUCGUAGGUAGUCAGAGGUUUUAGUUUUGAUGAGCUGAUGAUGAUGAUGACGAUAUUUGUCAGCUUGCUUGUACUAGUCUUUUGUUAGUGUAUUAGCUUUCAUGUUGGGCGGACCUAGUUUCCAAUUUUGUUUGUAACGAUAUUCACGUUUUAAGGAGAUGAAGACAAAUGUUCACCUUUUGUUUUCUUACACGAUGUCA